AUGUGGCAAACAGAGAACCUCGGCUCCCAGGUUCCCUGCACGCCCAGCCUGGCCAGGCCUGGAGGCCUCAUGUUCCCCACGGUCCUCCUGCGCCCUCUGCGCCCCGCCCUCGGGGUGCUCACAAGAGGCCCUGGGGGCUCUCAGGGCUAUGUCCUGCCUCAGAGCCACGCACUGGUGAGCAGGGAGAACUUCGUGCUUCUGGGCCAGAUGAGGAGACUCUCCCCUUUCUUCGGUCUGCAGGACUGAAAAGCCUUCAGAUUCCCGCGGGAGAUGGUGGAAUGCAGCCAGCGGCGGGAGGCCCAGGCCAGGUCUGUCCUUCACAAGCGGCUCCAGCGGACCUUCAACCUCUUGCACACGGAGCGCGCCUCGGCUGCCUGGAGCGCCCCCCUGGACCAGCUGCGCUCUGGCCUCCAUUGGCCGCGGCAAGAUCUGGACACCUGUUUGCUGGGCGGGCGGUGGGGAGAGCUAGCCCUGGGAAUGGACCGCCCCACACCCGCCCCAAAGAGGUACUUCCAGGAAAUUCCUCUCCUCCUGGAAGAGAAGAAGGACAGCGACUGCGCCUGGGGAAUCGUCAGAGCGGAAAUCGUGAGUUCCUUGUCUUCAGCCACCAGCUUGCAAAGUAGGUUAGGAAUUAAGGAUGGAGACCUGGGGUCACCUUGA